AUGCUUCUUGGCUUGGAUCUUAUUCCAAGGGAGACCACGUUGGCCUUUUCCUGGCCCUCUCCUCAUCCGCAGGUUCAUCCGAAUCUAAUAGGCCGAUCUCAUGGAAUCUCUCUCUCUCUCUCUCUCGCUCACUCUCUAUCGGUCUCUCUUCUUCUUUCUCUCCUCUUUCUAUCUAUCUAUCUAGCUACAUCUCUCUCGCUCUGUGUCUAUACAUCUGUAUCUCUCUCGCUCUCUGUCUAACUCUCUCUCUCUCUCUCAUCGGUCUCUCUCUUACACCCCGAAGCCUAUCGGGCUUGGGCUGGCCCAUGGAGAAAACACCAAAUACUAUAAAGAUGUUAUUUAUAGUAACCUUUGAAAUUGAGAAAUAUAAACAUAUAAUUAUCAGCCCGUGGUUUUCUCUCUUUCUGUCUUCUUGUCGAGUCCCCUCCCGUCUUCUUGUCAUCACCGGCGGGACCCAAAUCAUUAAAGCCUCACGGCGAAAGCUCCAAGCGAUCUGAGCAGGCGGCGCCGCCGCCGGCGUCAGGAGCUUCGCCGUGGAUGGCGGAGGAGCCACUCGGAGAAGCUCUGCAGGGUCUUCGUGUCGGCUCGGUAGUGCUUCUGGGUGAAUUCCUUCAGCUCCGACCACGUGAAAUCGGGGUACUUCCUUCUGUCGCCGGCGGCGGCGGUGCCGUCGCCGACGAGGUCCUCCGGCGGCCGCAGAAGCUCGUCGUCUCUGGGGCAGAGGAAGAAGGCGAUGGAUCGCCUCUCCUGGUUCCUGUUCACCACCGCCCUGUGGAGGCAGCUCUUGUACCUCCCGUUCGACAGCGCCUGUGGAGGAAGAUAA